GCCAUCAUGUGCACCACACACCUUACACUGCUGCUUGCCUGCUUCACGUUGCCCUGGGUGGUGUGCCUCGGAGACAAGUGCAACGACAAGACACAUUACCCCAACGAGCACCUGUGCUGUGACCUCUGCCCUGAAGGUCACUUUGUAAAGGAGGACUGCACUCACAAUCAGCAAACCGUCUGCGAAAAGUGCCCCUCGGGCACGUACAAUGCGGAGGCCACCGAGCUGUACAGGUGUCAUUCUUGCACGAAAUGCCAGCAUGAGAAGAGCAAAUGCAUUCCCACCCGCGACGCAGUGUGUGACUGCCCUCUGGGUUUCCUGUGUGCCACAGAAACGUGCUCCACAUGUCGGAGGAUACCGACCUGUGGCAAGGGGGAGCAGCUGCAGCAGACAGAUGGAAAUACUGCCAAAUGUGAGCCAUGCCCUGACAACACAUACUCUGACAGAGAGGGAGGGAAUUGCACAGCGCUAACACGGUAAGACUUGCCUGCUUCUUGACUCUCAUCUGAGCAAACCUGCUUUAGCAUGUUUCGCUGAAACCAUUUUCACUCCUGCAAACUACUAAUCGUG